AUGCGCAACGCACUCGCGAACGGGUCCAUGCCUCCACUGAAAUUGUUCGGUACCGCCGCUCGAUACGCCUCCGCGUUGUACACCGCCUCGGCGAAGAAAUCCGCCUUAGCGGCGGUGGAAACUGAAAUCAAGCAAAUCGUCUCCCUCGCCAACUCGGACAAAAAGUUCAAAGAGUUCAUGGAAGAUCCGACGAUGGCGAGAAAGAAAAAGUUGGCUGGAUUAGACGAGUUUUGCAAAGGUGGAAAGUUUUCAGAGACGACCUCGAAUUUUAUCAAGGUUGUUGGCGAAAACGGUCGAUUGAGUGAAUUAGAGAAAAUUGCAGAGUGCUUCGAGGAGUUGUGCAUGGCGUCGAGAGGGGAAGUGAAGUGCGUGGUGACAACGGCAGAACCGUUGGAUGCGGCGAUGUUAGCGGAUGUGACGGAUGCGUUGAAGGGACACGUGCCAGCGAACUCGAAGGUGAUUGUGAGUACAAAAGUAGAUCCGAGAAUUGUGGGCGGGAUGACGGUUGGCAUCGGGGAGAAGUAUUUAGACUUGAGUUUGCUCUCGAAGAUUAAAAAGGUUGAACAUUUGAUUGCCAAUCCGGUCUAA